AUGUCUCUCUCCGUGGAUGCCGACGGAGAUGUCCUCUCCACGGUACUCCAUGUCAUGACCACGGAACGCGAUGCCCUCACUCACCUCGAAUACCUGUACCGCACCAACGACCUGGCCGCAAAGAAUAUGUCCCGCGCAGUCAACCAGCUCGUCCACACAAUCCACCGGGGCGGAAAGCUGGUGGUCUGUGGAGUGGGCAAGAGUGGCAAGAUAAGCCGCAAACUGGAGGCGACGAUGAACAGUGUGGGAAUUCAUAGUGUGUUUUUGCAUCCUACCGAGGCUUUGCAUGGUGACUUGGGUGUGAUUCGAUCUAUUGACACGCUCCUCCUAAUCUCCUUCUCCGGCCGCACAGCAGAACUGCUCCUAAUGCUCCCUCAUGUCCCACCCACCGUACCCAUCAUAGCAAUAACAUCUCACAUCCACCCCUCAACCUGUCCCCUUCUCUCCUUCAACAGUCCAGACAUGACCAUCCUCCUCCCCGCACCCUUACACAUCGACGAAGAAACCUCUUUCGGCCUAUCAGCACCCACAAGCUCGACAACCGUCGCACUCGCACUAGGUGAUGCGCUCGCACUCGCAACAGCUCAGAAAUUGCAUAAUCAACCAGGCCAGGGCCCCGCGGAAGUGUUCAAAGGGUAUCAUCCCGGCGGCGCAAUAGGAGCUGCAGCCGCGACGGCCGAGGCCAUCAAAUCUGCGAUUUCGACGCCGUCGACGUCGAUGACUACAUCGCCGAGUUUGGAGUCGUUGGCAGACGCGGGUGUUAAACUUUCUCUGAACGAUACUACUAGUGCCAAAGCAGAUGGUAGUGCGAUAUGUACAUCCGAGCACUUCGUGGCGACGGAGUGUAUACCCACCGUCUUGCCUAGUCGGCAACCCUCGAGUACCACAGCGGCUGAAGAGCCCAAAGAACAAAUCCGCAUCCUCGACAUCUUACUCUCGGCAAUCCAGAACCCUACGUCAAAAUCCUGGGUGAAACUAUCAGAAACCUCCAUUAUUCCGCCGCAGUUACUCCGCACAUGCACAACAAAACACAAAGUUGAUGAAUCUAUAUCCAACUUGACAGGAUCAUGUAUAUCAAUUCCCGCCACAAAAUGGAUUCCCAUCCGCGCAUCGACGAGUAUUGCACGUACUAAGUCUAUACUUGAAGAGACGAUGGGCAUUACGGACAUGCUGCUCUCCUCCCCUCAAACUAGCGAUAACAGCAGUGAUGAUAAUGAUGACAAGUAUAUCGUCAUCAGCAUCGUGGACGACAUCGACCCUUCUCACAUACUCGGCUUUGCCGCUGGCGAGGACGUGCAUCCCUCCCUCUUCUCUUCCCCUUCUUCUUCUUCUACGUCAAGUAUCUGA